AAAACCCACGCGCGGCAAUUACGGCCCCGCGGGGAGCGGCACCGGCACAGCCCCGGGCAGGCGCCGCCGGAGCGGCCCCGCGUCCCCCCCGGGCAUGGACCCCGCGGUGCCCAGGGCCACGCUGAAGGUGCUGGCGCUGUGCGCGGCGCUGCUGGUGCUGGUGGCGGCGGUGACGGUGGCGGUGGCCGUGAUGGUGUGGCGCUCCGAGGCCGUGGGCAAGCUGCGGGGGUGCCGGGAGCGGGCGGCCAACGAGAGCCGGGAGCUGGGGGAGCGCGUGGUGGAGCUGGAGCGGGAGCGAGCGCGGCUGGAGCGGGAGGAGCGGGCGCUGCGCAGGGAGCUGGCCCGGGCGCGCGGGGACGGCAGGAAGGGCAAUGCCAGCCUGGCGAACUGCCGGGAGCGGGCGGCCGGGCUGGAGGCCAAUGUCACCGCGCUGGGGGACGAGGUGGUGGCCCUGCGGCGCGAGCAGGUGGAGCUGGCCGGGGACAAGGUGGCCCUGCAAGAGGAGGUGGCGCGGGGCGCGGAGCUGGCGCGGGGGCUGCGGCGGCGGCUGGAGGAGGCGCUGGAGCAGCAGCGGGCGCUGCGGGAGCGCGGGGAGCGCUGCGAGGGCCGCCAGAGAGAGCUCCAGGACACCCUACGGGAUUACGCGGCGGAGCUCGAGGCGCUGCGGCGGCGCGGGAGGGACCGACCGACCGGGAGAAGGUGCCCCCCGUCCCGGAAAGGCUGAAGCCCCGCAGCCCCCCGGGCCCCUCCCCACUAACCCCAGCAUUCCCAGUCCCACCACUGUGGGGCCGGGAGGGGCUCAGCCCCGGAGCUGGGGAUGCUGGAAUGGUGCUGGUGGGACACGUGUCCCGGUCCCACCGUGAGUCCUGAUCCCACCAUGUGUCCCAAUCCUGCCGUGUGUCCUGAUCCCACCAUGUGCUCUGAUCCUGCUGCGUGUCCCGAUUCCAUCGUGUAUCCCAAUCCUGCUGUGUCCUGCUCCCACCAUGUCCCAAUUCCAUUGUCUAUCCCAAUCCUGCUGUGUCCUGCUCCCACCAUGUCCCAAUUCCAUCGUGUAUCCCAAUCCUGCUGUGUCCUGCUCCCCCCGUGUCCCGAUCCCGUCUCCUGUCCCGAUGCCGCCGUGUGUCCCGAUCCUGCCGUGUCCCAGUCCCAGCUCAGCAGCCUGGCAGCAGGACAGAGGGGUCCCUUCUCCAGCCCUUGGGCAGUCUGAGCUCAUCCCGGGGACAGUUUCCCCCCUGGCUGCUCGGAGCUGCUCUGGGAUCAGCUCUGGGCGUUAACGCUCCAAAACCUGGGCCCACUGGGAAGGUGUUUGGGCAAUAAAGGCUGUGCUGCUCUC